AUGAAAGUACUAUGCGUUGCUGAGAAGAAUUCCAUUGCUAAAGCGGUCUCUCAAACUUUAGGUGGCGGUAAUUGCAAUGCACGUGAUUCCGGGUAUAUGUAUGUGAAGAACUACGAUUUUAGCUUCGAUGGAUUCCCCUUUGCCCAAGGGACUGGAUCAUGUCAAGUUACUAUGACUAGUGUUGCUGGCCAUCUAACUGGUAUUGACUUCCCCAAUGAACGAUACGGUUGGGGCAAAUGUCGAAUUGAUGAGUUAUUCGAUGCUCCCAUCAAUGAAGUGUUUGAUAAGAAUCAGAAAAAAAUUGCAGAUAAUAUCAGAAAAGAGGCAAGAAAUGCCAAUUUCCUUAUGAUUUGGACAGAUUGUGAUAGGGAGGGUGAAUAUAUCGGUUGGGAAAUAUCUAGGGAAGCCAGUAAAAACAAUUCUAGAUUGACAAGUAAUCAAAUUUAUAGAGCGGUAUUCUCACAUUUGGAAAGAAGGCACAUUAUAGAUGCAGCUAGAAGGCCGCAACGAUUAGAUAUGGGGAGUGUUAACGCAGUAGGGACAAGAAUGGAAAUUGAUCUAAGGGCAGGUGUCACUUUUACCAGAUUAUUGACAGAAACGAUGCGAAAUAAAGUAAGCGCUAACACAAUGGGAAAUUCGCAGCAUAACAAUAACAACAGGAGAAAGGAUGUCUCUACGGUGAUAUCCUAUGGUACUUGUCAAUUCCCUACACUCGGAUUUGUUGUGGAUAGAUUUGAAAGAAUAAGAAAUUUUAUCGCGGAAGAAUUUUGGUACAUACAGUUAGAAAUAGAAAGCUCUGAAAAUGGUAUGACUGCAUUUGCAUGGGAAAGAGGGAAUCUUUUUGAUAGAUUAACGGUAUUCACAUUUUAUGAAAAUUGUAUUGAACUUGCUGGUAAUAGAGCAAAGGUGGUUGACGUUAAAUCGCGACCCACUUCCAAGUAUAGGCCAUUACCGCUGACAACUGUGGAAUUGCAAAAAAAUUGUGCUAGAUUUCUAAAGAUGAAUGCUAAGCAAUCACUAGAUGCAGCCGAAAAAUUAUAUCAGAAGGGAUUCAUAUCUUAUCCCAGAACAGAGACUGAUACUUUCCCCAAAAAUAUGAAUCUAAGAUCACUUAUAGAAAAGCAGGCACAAUUAGGCCAAGAAGGUAGGUCUGUUUGGGCCAACUAUGCAGAACAACUUAUUUCAUCCUCCCCAGGUUCCAAUAAAUUCAAGACGCCACGCAGUGGUUCUCACGACGAUAAGGCGCAUCCACCAAUCCACCCUAUUAUUAGUUUAGGACGUCAGGCAAAUUUAAGUAGAGUGGAACACCAGGUUUAUGAAUAUGUUACUAGACAUUUCUUAGCAUGUUGUUCGGAGGAUGCCAAGGGCCAAUCUACAACUUUAACUUUGGAUUGGGGUGGUGAAAGAUUUACCGCUACUGGACUAGUGGUUCUAGAGAGAAAUUUCUUAGAAGUAUAUCCCUGGGCCAAAUGGGAAACGACUAAACGUCUACCUCAAUUAGAGAUAAAUCAAGAAUGUCAAAUUUCCAAGGCUAGAAUGAAAUCUGGUAGUACGUCUCCACCUAAACCAAUGACUGAAAGUGAAUUAAUCAUGCUAAUGGAUGCAAACGGAAUUGGAACUGAUGCUACAAUAGCGGAACAUAUUGAAAAGAUUCAAACUCGUAACUAUGUGAGAAGUGAAAAAGUGGGUAAGGAAACUUAUUUACAACCAACAACCUUGGGUGUCGCCCUCGUACACGGUUUCGAAGCCAUUGGUCUUGAAGAUUCAUUUGCCAAACCAUUCCAAAGAAGAGAAAUGGAAGUUGAAUUGAAGCAGAUCUGUGAAGGUUUAAGAACAAAGAAUCAAGUGGUUGACGAUAUCGUUAACAAAUAUCGCAGGUAUUGGGCAAAGACCAACGGGUCCAAAACUACCCUUCUACAAGUUUAUGAUCGUGUGAAAGCGUCCAUGUCAUAA